AUGGUGUUAGAAAAUGCUGAAACAGCAUUUCUGAAUGAGCCAUCGGUAGCAGUGGCCACCCCAUCAAUUGAAAAAUCCGAUUCGGGCACGAGGUCAAUGGAGAAGAAAGUUGCCGUUCUCAAUGGGACCACUGAUGUUGAAAGCGGCGAUAUAAUCCAACAGUCUGAUUAUACAGAAGAGCAAUAUAAAAAGCUGACCCGGAAGAUUGAUCGUUACCUCUUGCCAAUGAUGUUCUUUUGUUACGGUAUCCAACAAACCGACAAGACAUCAACGAGUACUCAAGCGGUUUUUGGUAUGCAAACGGCUUUGAAACUCCACGGUCAAGAAUAUCAGUGGUCGACAACAAUCUUUUACCUGACGUACCUCAUCUGCGAGAUUCCAUCCGUUUAUCUACUGCAGCGAUAUAACGUUGGCCGCGUCUUGUCGAUUUACAUGACAGGCUGGGGAAUUAGUCUCAUCUGCAUCAGCGCCGUACAGAAUUGGUCUUCUCUCAUGGCACUACGCGCCUUGCAGGGUGUAUUCGAAAGCAACAUUUCCGCUGGUUUCUUGCUCAUAACAGGAAUGUGGUAUCGUACUAAAGAACACGCCGACAGGUCGCUUUUCUGGCAGUCAUCCGAGGGAUUCUUCUCUAUCAUCUGCAACUUAAUUCUCUAUGGAAUUGCCAGAUAUGCGUCAUCGAAUGGAGGAAUUGCUGCCUGGCGAUGCAUCUCGCUUUUCCUUGGAUCUUUGACCCUUGCCGGUGCUGGUGCCUCAUUCAUGCUUCUAGGUACACCACACGAAGUUAGGUGGUUGAACGAGAGAGAGAAACGAAUGGCCGUGGCUCGUACCCUGGAUAACUACACCGGCCAAGAUAUCACUGGACGAGAGUGGUCCUGGCCGCAGGUGACUGAGGCCUUCAAGGAUCCUCAACUCUACUUCUCUUUUCUGAAUUCCUUCUUGGCCAAUAUUCCGAAUGGAGGCAUCACCACUUUCAGUUCGUUGAUGUACGAGACCUUCGGCUUCAGUAGCUGGGAAUCCAUGUUGUACGGUUGCCCUCGAAAUGCUGUCUACGUUGUCGUCUUUAUCGCGGUCGGUUUCUUUACUCGAAAGUUUCAGAAUCAGCGUAUGUGGAUUAUGAUUGCAAGCUGUAUCAUUCCCUUUGUGGGCAUGCUGGUUAUGUCCCUUCUUCCCAACACUGCCCAGUAUAAAUGGAUUAAAUGGGGGAUGUAUGUGAUGACAGUCGUGUUCUCCUUGUCAAUUUUCAUCGGCUGGAGUCUGAUUCCCUCUAAUGUCGCCGGUAGAACGAAAACUACAAUCAUUUCAUCCAUGACCAUGAUAGCUUACUGUGUUGGAAAUAUGGCUGGKGCCCAGGUCUUCCAAACCAAGGACGCCCCUCGAUAUGUCAAAGGAACUAUUGCGUGCUCGGUCUGUUUCGGCUUGCAAUCAUUCCUCAUCUUGGCUUGGAGAUUCUGGUAUAUGUGGGAAAACCGACGUCGAGACCGUCUUGCCGCCGAAAGUGGUCUCACUAAGGAGGAGCAAGAGGAGAAGGCUCGGGAGUAUGGAGAGAAUGACGCUACAGACCUUCAGAACCCUUACUUCAGGUACACUAUGUAG